AUGCUUUUUCUGGAUAAGAAGAAUAAUAGCUUAGAUCUGCCGGCUAUUAACAUUCAAAGGUCACGAGAACAUGGUACACCUGCCUACAACCAUUGACGAGUACAUUGUGGGUUAGCAAAAGCUGACAUGACUAAUGACGGCCGGUUUACUCUUCUUCACACAGCAGAACAAACUCAGAAAUUACAGAAAGCAUACAGGCAUGUUGAUGGCAUUGAUCUAUUCGCGGGCGCUAUGACGGAGACGUUACUUCCGCAGAGCGCAGUGGGUCCCACGUUCGCAUGUUUACUGGGCCGUCAGUUCCGGAGGCUAAUGCGAGGCGACAGAUACUGGCACGAACUCCAUUUUGAGUACAACAGGUUUACUAAAGGUCACACCCUUCGCAAGCCUGCAUAUAAUACGACAGGGCAAUCUCUCACAUGGAACCCCCAAACGCAAAGGAAGAAAGAGAGGCAUAGAAACGCCAGGCGCCGUGAUCUGGAUGCAGAUGCUAAGCAGAUGCGCAAAACAUGGAGGCAGCUGGAAAGACUCGCCCAGAACCGAGACGCCUGGAGGAAGUUGGUUUGCGGCCUAUGUCCCAAACGGGUCCUCAGACGAAAAAGAGAUUAG